UCCUCGCGGUCGAACGCGGUUUCGGGAAGCUUAACAGUUACCCCACAGACUCUUGGACUCUGGAAGGAUUAAUGAAAGUUGGUGACUGACAUUGGCUGGUGGAAAAUUGAAGUGUCUGCUCUUUAAUCUUUUUUUGCCUCUUGAAGAAAGGAGGAGUUUUCCCGGCAGGCAAGAAUGAUGACAAGGUAAUGUGCACAUAAUGAGUUUUAGCCCGCGGGAAGAUUAUGGGGAAUUCAAUUAUAAACAAUUAAGUGAAAAAGUGGUACGUUUUGUUCGCGUAUUUCUUUGUCGUCGGCAUUAAACAAAUAUAGUUACGUUAGAAGUGCAUUUUUGACCCUUUCAACAUUUACUAAGUUGUGGUAUAGGAGAAAAAAAGUCUUCGACCCGUCGGUCACGUGCGGUUUGAAAGGGGAAUGUUACCCAAAAGUUCAAGAGUUGGUUUAUUUUGACUCCCACCACGAUGUAAGCAAAACCGAAAGCCCGAAACUCAGGUAUUUUACUGCAACCCUUGCUACCGUUGGAUAGAAACGAAUUUAAUCGAAAGAUAAAUUAAUUUAACGGGCAACAGGAAGGAUCAAAGUGCAGAUACGAAACGGUAAUCGGCUAAGAGAUCCUGCUGAACAUCGGCUAAUCGGUUUUACUGGCCUACGACGGAACAACAAUGGAUGCGAGAGUGAAAAUUGUUCCACAAGCUGCCUCAACGAACCAAAACCCCACUUCCGGUUAGAGACAAACAGAUGAAAUGAUCAAAAGUACUGCCAGCAACGACAACUGUCCCUGAACGAGUGGGUCCCACUAGUGAACAGAGAGUGAGAGAAAGAGGAAGCAAAAAGUCCUUCUUUGUGCGCUACUUUUUUUGGUGGGCUGCCAGGAAAACCACCAACCGGCAAAGCCAGACAACCGGAAACAAACGUGUUUUUCAACACUUCUCGCCGCCUGGUGACGACCGAACGACGACGACGAGGGAUAACCGGGAUAGUAGGUAUACUGACUCGGUACAACACCGACCGGCAAUCACAUCCAGCAAUUUAGCAGAAAUCCCAUUAUUGGAUAAAGAUAAAUUCGCCUCAUCAGCAUCAAUUACGUUUCCCCUCUCGCGGCUUUGUGACGUUCUUGACCGCGAACCAUCAGAACCCUGACCGCCAGCGGCUGCCGCCGCCGCCACAGCCUCCAACGACGACGCUGCUGAUAAAGUUAAUCAGAAAAAAGUGCAAAAUUUCUCUCACGCUGGAAGGGAAAGACACUGCACCAUAGUGCACACUAGUGGGCAUGGCAGCAUUGGCACCAGCACCAUCACCACCACCUCCACUAUCGUUCAGAAUGGCCACGCCGAUGACGAGCGGCUUAAUGAAAGCAAAUUUAUUCAUUGCCAUCAACCGAAUCAUCUUCAGUUCCUUCAGCAGUGCCGUGUUCGGAAUAGGGACAUCCUUUCUCUGGGCUUCUGCGCCGCCGGCCGGAUCCGGGGGCUCCAGCUUCAUCGUGGUGGACUGUGCCAUUCGGCUGACGCAGCGUAACAAUCACGGGAACAUUUCCGAGCUGUUGGAUAACUUACUACGGGGAUAUGAUAAUAGCAUACGACCGGAUUUUGGCGGACCACCAGCUGUAAUCGAAGUUGACAUCAUGGUGCGAAGUAUGGGACCGAUUUCGGAAGUUGACAUGACUUACUCAAUGGACUGCUACUUCCGGCAGUCCUGGGUCGAUCGACGGUUGGAGUUCAGCGGUACACAGGAUACGCUUGCACUAAGUAUUUCGAUGCUGGGUCGAAUCUGGAAACCGGAUACGUACUUCUACAACGGUAAACAGAGCUACUUGCAUACCAUUACCACGCCGAACAAGUUCGUACGAUUACACCAGGACGGUCGGGUGCUCUAUUCUAGUCGGCUAACGAUCAAAGCGGGCUGUCCCAUGAAUCUGGAGGAUUUUCCUAUGGAUAUUCAGCGGUGUCCGCUUAAGUUUGGAUCCUUUGGCUACUCCUCGCAUGACGUGCUGUACCGAUGGAAUAGUGACCGUUCGGCAGUGGCCAUCGCGGAAGACAUGAAGCUUUCCCAGUUCGAUCUGGUGGACUGUCCGGCGGGAAACGUGACGGACCGGGUUGUUCACAGUACUGCCUCGAUGGGAGCGGCUGUGCUGAGCAACGUGGAUGAUGUUGAUGGGUUGGAUCCUAACGCGAAGCUCUAUGUUUCGGAAUAUUCAAUGCUGUUAGUGAGCUUCCAUCUUCAGCGUCACAUGGGAAACUUUUUGAUACAGGUAUACGGUCCGUGUGUGCUGCUGGUCGUCCUCUCGUGGGUUUCGUUCUGGCUAAACCGUGAAGCAACGGCGGAUCGUGUUUCUCUGGGCAUUACAACCGUACUCACGAUGACCUUUCUGGGGCUGGAAGCUCGCACCGAUCUGCCGAAGGUUCCCUAUCCCACUGCGCUGGACUUUUUUGUGUUUCUAUCGUUUGCGUUCAUUUUCGCGACCAUCCUUCAGUUCGCGGUGGUGCACUAUUUCACCAAGUAUGGCUCCGGGGAGUGCUACUUUAACACCGAGGAACAAACCUCCAGUUCGGACGACGAAAGCGACCUGGAUUGCGACAACAUACAUCUGCAUUCAAUCAAAAUUUCCACCGGCUCGUCGAAGCACUGUUCCACGGUAACUUCGAUCAGUGGAAGCGGAAGGGCCGAUUCCAAUCUAAUAGAAGUGAUUCCACUAUCGAUGUGUUCGAUCCCGAUAACUCCCAUUCGAAAAUCGUCCAAAACGUCCUGGGCAGAUUUGUCCUGUUUUGGCGGCAAGGAUCAGGAUUCCCCAAAUUUUGCAAGCUCCUCGCUUUCUACACCGACGGCGACCAUCAAACGUAAUUCCAUGCAGCUGAGCGGUGGUGUUUGCGGCGGUGCCAACGGUGCACAACCCAUCCAUCAUCGCCGACGGAAACGGAGGAAACGUACGCCACGUUUCAACUCGGUGUCGAAAAUUGAUAGAGCUUCACGAAUAUUUUUCCCAUUAUUGUUCCUAGCGAUAAACCUGUUCUACUGGUACUUGUAUCUUUCGCGAAGCGCACGAUUGCUGAAGCAGCAAAAGUUGUAAUAGGGAGGGUUAAGAUGUGUUCAUUAUCUUGAAACAAAAAUGCAGUUCCAGUUUAUGCCAAAUAGCUGGUACAAUCGGUGACAUGUAUACGAGAAAAUUGAAAAUUAGAGCCAAAUAUUACGCGAAAAUAAGCUAUAAUGAAUGUUACUAAUUUAGACACAGAGCUUUAGGCAACUAGAAACACUAUAGACAAUUAUCGUGAGCUGCUAGCUGCAGCUGCUGGCGGUAGCAAAAACAGGCUAGUGUAGAUUUCAGUGGGACCAUAAACGCUUAUUUAUUGAUAAUGGUGGUGGUGAUCAAAUCAAAUGGCGCGGAGAUGACCGCUUAUUUAUUGAUAAUGAAGGAGGUGAUCGAAUCGAAACAAGAGCCGAGAAUGCUAAGAUAUUUUAAAUACGACUUUGGAACCCCACUGCGAGAAUUCGAAUAACCACCCACACAAAUACAAAUUAAUGAUAUUAGACAAGUAGUACGUUUCGAAAUA